AUGCUGCGGGAACUAAUUGCCUGGGUGUUGAACAACUACCUCGGGAAGUAUGUGGAAAAUCUCAACACCGCCCAGCUGACAAUUGCGCUGCUAUCGGGUCAGGUGGAGUUGGAAAAUUUGCCCUUGCGUAAAGAUGCACUGCGACACUUCGGUCUACCGCUACAGAUCGUCAGCGGCUCGAUCGGCAAGGUGAAGCUAACCGUACCGGUACGUGCGUUCCGUACUGCUUCCUGGUGUCUGUACAUCGAUAAUGUGCAGGUCACCUGUGGUCCGAUCGAUCUCGAGCAGGACUGGAACGCGGAGGUGGAACAGCAAACCGAGCUCGACCUUAAAGUAGCUUCCCUCGAUCGAUUAGAGGCGAAAUGGCGCGCUCAACGGGAAACACCCGUCACCGAGGGUAGUUAUUAUGCGUCGUCCUACACUGGAUGGCUCAACUACGGUACGACACUGGUGACGAACAUUAUCGAAAACCUGCAGCUCACCGUAAACGGCAUUCAUGUGCGGUACGAGGAUGGGUUGACGGUGCCGAACCAACACUUUGCCUGCGGUAUCAAGAUCGAUUCACUGUCGGCACAGAGCUGUGACGCUAGUUGGACACCGGGCAAGACGGCAAACUGGACCACGCAGCAUGUCACCUUCAAGCUGGUAGAACUGACCAAUUUUUCCGUGUACUGGGACCCGCGGGCACAGCACGAACCGGUACAUAUGAUCAGCCCGAUCAGUGUCCGUGCACAGCUACGGCGAGAUCGAAGUGAAACACCGCUGAGAACGCGUAGCCGACCGCGGUUGGUUUGUGAUCUCAUUUGGGAAGAAAUUAAGAUAGCGCUUAGUGAUAUACAAUACAAUCAAAUGAUGCAGUGUGUCCGCGGGCUGGAUGAUAUUGCACGCUUUCGUAGGUUUAAGCUGCAGCGACCGAUUACGCCGGUUGGUGAGAGUGCUCGCGAUUGGUGGCGUUACGCCGUCCGUUGCCACGGGCUCUGUAGGCAGCUCGGGACCGAUCCGUACGUGAUAGCAAAGGAAAACAUACAGUACAUUCGAAUAUAUAUGCGGAUCGUCGCUAACCCGAACGAGGUACUGUCGAGUGCGAACAAACAGUUUAAGGAUCGUAUAGAGCGUGAUCGUACGUUCGAUGAGUUACGGUUGCUGCGAGACGUGUGCAUGAUGCAAAUGCCAAAGUUGGAGAAAAUCAACGUCAGCUCGCCGUCCACAGCCGCGGCGGGUAAAUCGAUGUUGGUGCACUAUUUCCCUCAGUGGUGGUACAGCAAUAAGAACAACAACAAUAAUAAUAGUACUGAAGUGUCGGAACAGCAGCGAACACCGCCAGGCACGGGAGACGAUGACGCAAACGGGGCAAUCCAAAAUUUCCCGGGGCAAAAUCCGUCUGAUGAGACGACUGGGCAACAGUUAGCACUGACGGGUAAUCCGGAUGGUAGUUCCUACUGGGGAAACGAUGGAGAACUGAGUCCCGUCAGUAGCUUUGAGGAUGAAAUUUUAGACGCGCUAGCCGGUUCGGUGGAAUCCAAUUCGCUGCUCAAACGUGACGCUGUGUUCGGGAAGUUUAACUUCAUUCUUAAACGCGGUACGCUGGACUUUUGCAGUUCGCUCGAGAUGGCUCCAAAGCUGCAAUUUCUGUUUCAAGACCUGAAGAUGGAUGUGGAGUCAAGGCCACGCAGUGGUUCCCAUUAUGUUGGGCUUUCGCUAGGUUCGAUACUGAUCAAGGAUCGUCUCACGCCUAACUCGCAGUUUCCCGAUCUGGUAAAACCGCAACAAAAAGAUGAACUUAAUGUGAAAGGCCCCGCGAGCAGUGGGUCCACCAGUACGACACCACUCAGCACUCGAUCGUCAGGUCGUCUCAGUACGACAUCGCUUCCAGCCGAUGCAAGUGCGGGUGAACCGAUCUUUCAGCUACAGUACGAAAGGAAACCUCUUUCAUACGAUACCGAUUACCGUUUGAUGGUGAAAUCCGAAUCACUCGACAUAGUGUACAACAUGGAUGCUGUCCGAUGGUUGAUAGAUUUCCUGGCCAAACCACAUCAACAGUAUGACGCCAGGCGAAGGCUCGAGGAUAUGAAGAACAAAACCAAGCAGGAGCUGAUGAAGAACUGGAACUACAUUAUCGAAGGCCAUCUAAGUGAGCGUAAAACAUGGACGUUGGAAUUUGACAUAUCUGCACCACAAAUUAUCUUUGUGGACAAUUUUAGUGACCGCAUCAACAGCACAAUUGUGGUGGUGGAUUUUGGCCGCCUACAGCUGACCAACGGUGAGAAUGGCUUUAGUUCGGCAAACAACGCGAACAAUACGGAGGCGCCAGGUGCAUCGUCAGCAGCUAGGGCAUCGGUAGCAUCAAAGACCAGCGCAAUGGGCUUUUUCGGAGGAAAGCGCGAUAUAUCCCCCGACAUACAGACGGAAAAUGAGGAAGACGACGCAUUUAUGACCCCGUGCUCUACGCCACCCGGUUCGGAAGCGAGCACCACAAAUUCACCCACAUUAGUGAGUGCGUUUUCGGAGGUGCCGGAGCUGGGCAGUGAUCGUGCGGGCGGGAUUGUUACAGCAACCGCGAUCGGCGAUGCGCUGGAUGAGUAUCAGCUUUACCAGCGUCUGUACGAUCGUUAUCACCUUCAGCUGACCGAUCUGCAAGUGCUGGUUUGUCAUGCCAAAGAACGCUGGACGGCGGCUAGCUUAAAAACCACCUCGAACUUGCACGUUCUUGAUAGGUUUAGUAUCGUGCUGCAAGUGGAACGACGCGUGGUGUAUACGAGCGAUCCACAGUACCCUAGUCUAACGCUGUCCGGCACGCUUCCGAAGCUGAACGCACACAUCAACGAGUACAAAGUGUCCUCCAUUUUGACGCUGGUGAACAAGCUUAGCAAAGCCGGUCAAUUGAAUCCAGGACCGUGGAACCAACCAGCAUCUGCACAACCAACCGCAUCGGAUGAGGUAGAUCGUACCUUAGGAACGGCGACAAACUCCAAACAAGCCAGUACGAUGACACUCGGUGCAAACGAUGAGGAGGCAAGUCAUGCGAGCACGUCAUCGGGUGCGCUUGAUAAGGAAUCUACCACCAAUAUAGUCGUGUUUCAGUUCACCAUCGAUCAGAUGUCGCUUGAGGUGCAAUCGCGCGGUCGAAGUGUAGCCGAGCUGCAGGUUUCUGGUGUGAAAGCCGGUUACAGCCAACGGCCGGAAGAUAUUAGCCUUACACUGUCCGUGCACGGUUUGUUGCUGGUCGAUGCGAUGCAAUCGUUUGGACAGGAUUUCGAACUACUGAUAGCCAGCCAUCGACACGUUGGCAUGGACAGUUUGUCCGGAAGUUUACGGCAGAGUGAACCAUGCUCUCCCUGCUCACCGGCAUCACCACCCGAUCCGCACAUGGAAUACCGUCGACCAACAAGCCCAUUAACGAUUUCGAAGGCGCUAAGCAAUUUGCAGCGAGCCACUUCUCCCACAUGGAAUGCGGCCACAUUGGGCGAUCUAGAUGCGCUGAUCACGGUGGAGAUUGUGUUCGUUACCGCCGAACGGCCGGAAGAUAAACUGCAGGUGGCAAACAUUCAGUUCAACAACUUGGACAUUAUUGCUAACCAAGAAACAAUCGUUGAACUGUUGGGCUUUAUUAAACGAGUCAUACCGGUACCGGUUCCAGCGCCACCAGACCAGACCGGUGGAGCGUGGAAUGGUGGUGAUAAAGUUCCAGAAGACGAUGCGGAUAAAUUGCUUCCGAACCAGUCAGCUAGUAAUCAUCCAUCGCAAAUAGCCGCUUCCAACACAACUCGCCGAUCGUCAGUUUCGUCUUCAAGCGAUACUCCGCCCGCACCGGUGCGUCUUGAAAUAACGUUUGAUUUUCAUCGCCUUAACGUGCUUGUACUGCGGGCACUCAUACGUGACAAUUACCUAGUCGGACGCAAAGUUGGCACGUUUACGAUGUCGGAGGCAAAAAUUCAUGCUACGCUUGGCAGUGACAUCACCGUUGAGGGAUCUCUAGGAGGUUUGCAAGUGUUGGACCUAACGCCGGAAGGAGUAAACCAUCAGCGCAUACUUUCGGUCGGCAAAGAUCCGCUUACGGAGGCGGCCAACAAUGUACCACCAGCACGCUUUGAUGCCGCUGAUUCGGCUGGACCGGAUUUGAUGACGUCACUGGCGCAGGAGGUGUACGGUACGGGAAUGGGACCAAAGCGUACCGACCAUCACACCACAACGGACGAUGGAAUGCAUGAGGAGAGACAAGCACUUUCGUUCUGCGUUUCGAAAGACCUGCACGCUUGCAUUGACAUUCGCGUGAAGAUGGCCUCGGUGUGGUUUAUUCACUGUGCUCGCUUUAUGCAAGAGCUUAGCUGGUGCGCUACAGAGUUUAAGCAUUACCUGAAGAACCUAGCACGUUCGAUCCGUGAGAAAGCCACGGACAUGGCGCUUGGAUUGGUGCAAUCUCGAUCAGACCUUGCGGGCAGUCGCCCGGAAAGUAUCUAUGCUUCUCCGAGGCGUGUACGCCGUCAGCGAACGGUGUCUCUGUCAAGAACACAGGAUGUAUUGCUAAACUCGGACUAUACUCUAAAGGUAGACAUCACGCUUGAUACGCCAGUGCUCAUCCUUCCCAGAAGCAGCAGUAGCCCACAGGUACUUGUAGCACAUCUUGGACGGAUCACCAUCAGCAAUACGGAUCAGGAGACUACUGGAGCAUCGCCUUCUUCCUCCCAGGAACGUAUCGUAGUGAAUCUCUCGACUCCUCCGCCUAGCGCGCAGGAAGAGCUGUGUGGAGGAUUUUUGCUCAGUGGUGCCGAUCGUACUUCGAUCGAUUGCAAUCUUAGUGAUCUGGACGGCAUUUACGAACCGACGGAUGGAGCAACGGAGGGUCACAACAAUACCGCUAGCAGUAGGAUACGUUUUGCAAAGGAAGAUUCAACGGAAUUUAUCGAUAGUAUAGCGGGUGAUGGAAUCGGGGCAGGUGGUGUUGGGAGGCACAGUGCGACGUCGAAUCUGGAUCGCUACAAGAUUGAUUUCCGGAACAUAAACCUUUACUCGCUCGAUACGACCAACCGGAAAGGGUUCCGGUUUGCUGGAUUGCCACGGGCGGAAGAGUUUUAUUCGUGCAAGGAAAAUGCCAUUCCGAUCAUUCAUGAUACGAUCUUCAGCUUGGAGAUUUGUCGCGAACAUAGCAGUGAGCAGAUGUGCACGGAUGAGGAAGGUGAUGGGUUUCGAAUAGUUGGUUGCGUGGUGAAGCCACUCCGGUUAUCACUGAAACGUCAGCAGUAUGAACAAUUGCUAGAGACAAUCGAUAAUCUGUUCAAGAUACCCAAAGAUCUUGUUCGCCCACCGAGCGAAGUACCGACGACACUAGAAAAAGUAACAGAAAUAGCAGAGGAAUCGCUUGCUUUUCACACCUUCCCAUUGCCGUCAAAAGCCCGGCAAGGAUUGUUCUAUCAGUCGAGUCUGGAUCAACGCACACCGGCGGCCGGUGCAUCAGCCUCAAUCAGUGUACGGGUCCACUUUGAGCUGCCCGCGUUUAUUAUUCAGCUAAAUGGGAACCGUAGCGAAGCGUUGGUGCAGAUAUCGUUCCGAGACUUCUGCGUCGACUUCGACAAGCGCAACCAGUACGAAACACAUGUUAAAAUUUCGCUACGAUCCCUCCUGAUGGAAGAUUUACUGCAGUCCGAUACAGCGAAAAAUCGCUACAUGGUAGUAACAUCCGCCGAACGUGACUCGAACGAACGAUACACCGCAUCCUCGUUCGCUUCCCAUUCGUGCCCGAAUCCCGUCGGUUUGUUGCUUGGUAUGGGUGACGGGUUACCAAAUUCGCUACCAACGAACCUGGAGGAUAGGAUGGGAUUUUCUUUCCUCGCCACGAAUAAAUCCCUUUGUCCCGAUACACCUCCACCGUCGCCGUCGGUGCACAGACCGCACACGGGAUCACGCCUGAAACCGGAAGAAAAUCUAGUCAUCUAUAGCUCCGUGCUGGUGGAUCCGACCUGCCCGACGUUUGCCACUCAGUUUGGUUCUCUGCAGCAGUCCAGUUUGAUCGAUUUUAACAGCCUCGAUUUGAUCGUAUCCGUGGAAAGUUGGUUCGUGUUGUUGGAUUUUUUCGGCCUUUUGUCGGACGACACGGACGGAUCAUCCAGCUCCGACAAGUUGCCGCCAGCAUCUCAAUUCAGCGAAGGGCGGGAAGAUGGAGCCCGUCAUAAAGAAGGCACCGAUGGUGUAACGGGAGCUGUUCCCAAUGAAUCGUUCGGAGUACAAGGCGUUACCGGGCAGUCUAAGCUAGAAAUAUCGGUUCGUUCGUUAAGCUUGGUGUUGGCAAAACCGACAAGUGAAAUCGCAAAAGCUAACGUGUCCAAUGCGCAGCUAACGAUUUCGAAACGUGGCCAGGCGAAGCAGGUCGAGGGUAGCCUUGGUUCAAUAACGCUGAGCGAUCUCACACCGUACGGGACGUUGUACAGGGAAAAGUUUAUGACGACCGGUAGCGAGGCCCUCAGCUUUAUGUACGUAAGGGAUGCAGCAAAAGGUACGGUCAGAGGCCUGCAGAAAGAUGCGCAGCUUACGAUUACGAUGUCGUCGGUGCGAUAUAUUCACACGAAGCGGUUUAUCGCAGAGAUACAACUGUUUUUUAAAGAAUUUUCACAUCUACAAACGCCUAUGAUGCGAAAGAUCAAACCUUCAGACGUUCGUGCCUAUCACAAUCAGCGUCCGACGCAGCUCGGUCUAUCGAUCAAUGCGGGAGCACCGAUCAUCCUGCUGCCGAUGAGCUACAACAGUGAUCAAGUAAUUGUGGCUGAUUUGGGUGAAUUUACACUAACGAAUGAGUUCCGCCUGAGCGCCGGAGAUCGUGAGGUGCUUGAUGUGAUGCACGUAAACCUAUUUCAUACGGACAUUUUUGCCGCACGCAUGGAAGCGGAACCGGAGGAACCGUUCGUUACGGUGCCCCCGACUACUGGUGGCGGUGGAAUCGAUAUGAAGGGAUACCGGUUGGUGAAAAAGGGUCCCAGUUUGCUAAAAGAGAAAUGUCAUCUUAAGCUGGAGGUCGAAAGGAAUUUGGAUUCAUUGAACAGUCAUUUCGUUCCGGACAUAACCGUCCACGGAAAGCUGUCAAAGCUGGAUGCGUUGUUGGAUCUGCAGCAAUACCGUUUGAUACGGGGCUUUCUUUCGCACAAUCUCGGCGAAACAAUCGAUGAGCUGUACCUACGCGCCUUCUCCAUUCCCAACAGCACCCUUAGCCUAAACGCGGUGGAUGCACAGGAUAUGCAGGAAGAGGUGUGGAAGAACCUUUCCAUCAAUCUCGAACUGCUCGACGUAUCCGUACGAUUGGUAGAAACAAUCGACGAUGAUUGCUAUGGCACGAAACCUUUGGCGUGUGUGAAUUUUAUCAAAUCGAAACUAUUGGUUGAUUGUUUUAGCGAUGGUGCACAAGACAUCGAUCUAGUUUCGCAGGAAAUUCAACUAAUCGAUACGAGAUUCCUGCCCGAGGAGUGCGAAUGUCCUGUUAAAGCAUAUGCCGGUAGGCCACGUACCGGAAGCAGCGAAGUGCUGAAUGUUUUCCCAAACAUUCUACAACCGAUACGGGGCGAACCGGGCACGGAGCUAGUGCAGGCGGAAAUACACAGCCGAAGGCGUAAGGAUCUGACUAAAUUUACUAUCCUACUGAAUAAUAUGCGUCUGAUGGCCAUUUUGGAUUGGUUGGAGAAUGCACGGGACUUCAUACUGCAGCAGGAAGAUCCCCCACCGCCCUUGCCGAUGUUGGUGGAUGGCAUCGAGGGUAUUGGUGGUAUGAUGCAAUGGGGUACCGAUCGGUCUAUCGAUGCAGGGCUGCGAAAUGCUGUUCAAAGGGUUCCAACGCCCGUAGAAGACAACCGUAUGGAGCUGAAGCUUAACAUAACUGACUCGGAGCUUGUGUUUGUGGAGAAAACCGAUCAGUACGACACGAAUGCUGUUAUAUUGAAGAGCACAACAGUUGUUUCGUACCGUCCGUUCGAGGUGAAUAAAACGUUAUCAAUCAAUCUGAAUAACUUGGAAGUGUUCUCCUGCAUAUUGGGUGCGGAGGAACGUACGGCACUGUCCAUCAUCGAUCCAGUUACAAUCAAUAUGGACGUAAAGAAGGGUGUAUUGGAGAUUCAAAUGCAGAAGCAACUGUGCAUUCGCCUGUCUUAUCACGAUGUACGAAUGUUUCGGCAAAUGUUGGAAUCGUUACCGAAGCAGACGAAAAAUGCUCGCGAUCACGAGCAACAGCAACAGCAGCAGCUGCAAGAUCGUAGAACAAGCGACGGCAGUGGUUGGAAAAGUGGAAUUAUGGAUUCUGGUGCUGGUGGUAGGGUUACUGUGAACUCGAGAGCAGUGGAAAAGUUGGUUCAUCUUGGCUUUCGACGAGACGAUUGUCUGGUUGCGUUGGAACGUUGCAGCUAUCAGCUUGACGAAGCAGCUCUUUGGUUGACACAGAACAAGGAACCAAGAAGACACGACGAACGUGGGCUCAUGCACAGCAACAGCGUGGGUAGUACGGGCAGUGGCGCUGGUGUUGGAAAGACUGGAUCAUCUGGCACGCUAAAUAUCAGUGCUAUUGAGUUGAAGUCACCGUGCAUUUCGAUCUGCGUUAUUGACGAUUGUCGCGAUGCUGAUGUACCAUUGGUGGAACUUUCACUAAGCAAACUCGACCUUCGACAGGAACUUGGACAAUUGCACGGAAGCCAUUUGCCGGUCGUACCGGAUCCACCGACAUCCGAUCCGAACGUGGCGAUGGGUGUGGAUGCUCUUGCAGUUACAUUUUCCGGUUACAAUGCGGGCCGUAUGGCGGGUGUAUUUGCGGUGGACUAUUACAAUCGCGUGCUGAGCGGCUGGGAACCGAUGAUUGAAUCGUGGAAGCUAGAAGCGAAAUGGGGCUACAGUUUGGCGAUCGACACGGAAGCACCCGUCGGUUUGGGUGGUGGCAAUCGGUUAAACAUGCGUGUGGAAAGUAACGACACGCUUCGGUUAAACAUCACCAGCACGCUAAUCGAACUGUUUGCACUUGUGAAGGAUAACUGGAUGCAGGAUUAUUACGUAGAAUCGGAUGGCGCGAACGGUAAAACGAACGGCCCCGGCACAACCUCAACCACUGCUAGUUAUCGACAGCGGGCUCCAUUUAUUCCGUUCGCGAUCAAGAACGAUACUGGUGUACGGUUGUGGUACACGACAUUAAUUUCUUCCGAGCUUACAUCGUCGACGCGCGGUCGAGGAGGUAUUGUGGGUUCGUUGCCAAAUGUUCCACUGGAGGCUAGCUGGACGUUGGUAGAACCGGGCGGUGUAGCGACGUUUUCUUACGGCACUCGUAAUAAAGCACGCCACCGGGACAGUCACAAGAUGAACCUCCAUCAGAUAGCGGUGCGAGUGGAAGGUUGGCAGGAGGUAGGUCCUGUGUCGGUAGACCGAGUUGGUACCUACUUCCGGCAUGCGAGACCCGACCUGUGCAAUGCUGCGGUAACGGACUAUUCACAAACACCGCGCGCCCGUAUAGUGUUCGGCGUUACGAUGGAAGGAUCAGCCCAGAAGCUGAUCAGUGUUCGAUCGGCGCUGAAGCUAAUCAACAAGCUGGACUCGCCGGUGUUGGUCAAGAUGGAACAUCUGUUCGGUCACCUUAAUAUACGCCACUGGCCCGAAACCAAGACGGCUAUACUGCAUUCGAACGAGCUACUGCACGUACCAUUGACGCACGUGCACGCCGUGCUGUACUUCCGGCCCCUACUCGGUGCGGCCCUCGAAGAUGCAAUGAACUCGCUCACACCGUCCGCACCUUCACCCGUGCCCGGUUCACAAGCCAGCAGCUCGAGCGAUGGCUGGACGUUGCUGCAGCGGUUUGACAUUCCAAAAACGUUAGCACACGGUGGUUACCAGUUCACCGACCGUGGCAUCCAGUGGGUGGAUGCGAUCGAACCGGGUGAGAUAUAUCAGGAGCUUCGAAGCUGCCGUGGCCCGCGUGACAAAACGUGCAAAAUGUUGCUGGCAAUACGGAAGGAACCGUACCCGAGCAAGGACGUGAUCCACCUGCCCGGGCACGUCAUUACGAUCUUUCCACCUAUGCGCAUCCACAAUCUGUUGCCGUGCGAUUUACUGUACCGAUUGCCAUCCGGCAGUCACGGGCGAAUUUCUUCGUCGGAAACGGCCCGCAUUACCGAGGUGGACAUUGAGCAACCGAUCGCACUGUCGCUUACGCUCGACAGUUACCCGAACGCGGGACAGAUUACGAUUCCGGCCGGUACGUACGGUUCCACCACGCUCGAUGUGCGUCUAUUCGAUAUGGGCGGCCGAAUGUUGAAGCUAUCAGCCACGAUCGUGGUCGUGCGGGGGCGUGGCGUUCAGAUAUCGAUCGGCGCACCCUACUGGUUGGUGAAUCGUACCGGACUGCCGUUGGUGUUCCGUCAGGAUGAUCUCGACACCGAGUGUGCGGGGCAGUUUUGCGAAAAUGAAGAAGCGCGCAUGAUUACACCGUUCAUGUUUGCGUUCAGUGAUCCGGGCUGUUCGGGCAGUGUGACGAUGCGGCUGGGGCGUCGUUUCGGUGGCAGCCCGAACUGGUGCCAACCGUUCAAGCUGGAACAGGGCACACAACAUCGGCAGCUUCGUGGCCCUGCGGACACGUUCAUCAUCGGUAUUGAGGUACGGCGAGCGAGAGGGAAAUACGGCCAGACUUCGAUCGUUACCUUUUCACCCCGCUAUCAGCUGUACAACCGAAGCAGCUACACACUGCAGGUGUUGCAGAAAUGUCUCGUCGAAAGUACGACCGUGUACGAUCCGGCUAUGAGCCGAUCGUCCUCGUCGGCGGCGUAUAUCGAAGCCGUACCGGGCUGUCACAUUCCGUUCCAUUGGCCUCGGUUGGAGCGGGAACACGAGCUGUGCGUUCGGUUGCCCGAAGUGCCGGAGUGUCAGUGGUCGGGUGGCGUCCCAAUCACCAGCACCGGGCUAAGUCUGUACAUAAACAUCCGCAACAUGAAUGGUGCGAUGCAUUUCUUGCGCCUGGAAACGAUACUGCACGGUGCGACGUAUUUUAUGAUCUUUAGCGAUGCACAAGCGCUACCACCACCGAUCCGGUUGGACAAUUAUUCGCACGUUCCGAUCACCUUCUCGCAGGCGGAUAUGAAGGCAACGUUUAAGACGAUUGUACGCCCGCAGUGUUCGAUCGCGUACGUAUUAGACGAACCGACGGGUGCGCCCUAUCUACAGCUUGAAGCACCCGGUGGUGAUUAUUCCAACUGUCGGCUAGAUGGGUUCGAACCGUUCCGGCUCAUGUACGAAAACUUUAUUUACAUUGCCUUCAGCCAAACGUUCGAGACGGGGCUCGAGGAGGAUGGUCGGUUUGAGGUGCGCUCGCAGCAGCUCGUCCUCGGCGUGAUCGAUGGCCGGGUGGCACUGGUUCGCAAGCAGGCCGGCGAUCGGUCCCAGCUGUGGCGCAUGAACAAUGAAAAGCAGCUCGAACACGAAGGCACCUCGCCACCAAGUGAACCGGGUCGUAAGCAGCCGCGGUACGUGCUGGAUCUCGAGAAACCGCCCCAACCGAUGCAAUACAUUGCGCUCGUCGUACGGCCAGCCAACCGGCAGCGUCGUUCCACUCAAACCUGGCACUUCACCGAAGACGGUCGGCUAAUGUGCGAACAUUCGAACAUGUGCGUACAGGCGCGCGGUGGUUUCUUCGGGCUUCGGGCCGGAUCGGAGGCGGUGCUCGGGAUGUGUGUGUCCGACACAAAAGUGCUCACACAGUGCGGUGUACCGUACGAGCAGGCGAUCGAACGGCAGAAGUUACGGCCCGGUUCCGGCUGUCUGUCCGUUUCGUACCGUAUGGAUGGACCGAUCAAAUCGAUUCAAAUACGCGACGUGAAGGCGGGUGGACGUGGUGAGCUAACGCUCGAUUCGAGCUGGAAGCAUGUGUCGCACAUAUUCAACAGUGGCCGCAGCGUAUCGUCCGAUGCGGGCACCCAGUCCGGGAAGGACAUUCAGGAGUACCACGUGCAGCUAAAGCUGCGCAAGGGCAUCGGUUUGUCGCUUAUAUCGAACCAACCGUGCGAAGAGCUUGCGUACGUGACGCUGGAAAACAUACACAUGGAGUGUAUCCGUACGCCCGCAGUUAACUCGCUCGACUUCUCGGUCGGUGAUAUGCAGAUCGACAACCAGCUGUUCGAAACGUCCUGUCCGAUUAUGCUGUACACGAUCGGUAGUUCGCAAGAGAGCCAGGGCUCCGGGACAAGCUCCUCAUUGCAGCUGAAUGUCAAGCAACUCCCAUCGCCCAACACGAACGCGGUCAUUUUCGAACAUUUCAUCGUAAGCAUACGGCCGGUGGUGGUGUACCUGGAGGAGCGAUUGUUUUUGCGUUUGGUAAAGUUUUUCGGGUUCGCCAAAACGACCGUCGAUCCGACGACACUGCCGGACGAAACCGACUACGAAGCGCAGAAGAUCGUCUACAAGGUGCUGGACAGUAACGUGAAGCGAUACUACUUCGGUGAUCUGCGCAUCAUACCGGCCCAAAUACGGUUAAGCUUUGUCACCGCCAGCAAACUGACGGCCGAGUUUGCCGAGAUCAAGCGCAACCUCGGCUUUACCUUCAUCAAGUUUGAAGAUGCGGUCAUCAACUUCGAACAGUUUGCGCACAAAUAUCAUUUCGAAACGAUGGAUGCGUACCUGAGCGCGAUCAAGGCGCACUACAAGCAGGAGCUGAAAUGGCAAGCCGCCUCCAUACUCGGCAGUGUGGACUUUCUCGGCAAUCCGCUCGGUUUUGCGAACGAUCUUUCGGAGGGAUUCUCCGGACUGCUGCUAGAAGGGUCCAUCUCAUCGCUGGUGAAAAACGUCACGCACGGUAUCUCCAACUCGACCGCCAAGCUGACGGAAACCAUCUCCGACGGGCUCGGGAAGGUUGUGUUUGACGACGAGCAUGUGGAAACACGCCAACGUAUACUGGACGUGUCCGGUGGCAGUGGUAGUGGAACGACCGGCGAUCAUCUGGUGGCCGGUUUCCGAGGCUUCACGUUCGGGUUGCUGGGCGGCGUGACGAGCAUCGUGAAGCACACGUACCAGGGUACGGCAUCGGACGGUUUGUCCGGGUUCAUAACCGGGCUCGGAAAGGGUUUGGUCGGUACGGUAACGAAGCCCGUUAUCGGUGUGCUGGAUCUGGCCUCCGAGACGGCGAAUGCGGUGCGCGAACAGAGCAAAGGUUCGAACCGCAUCCUGCCGGAGCGAAAACGCCCACCGCGCACGGUGACCGGUGCUCCCGGUGGACUGUUGCCACCGUACUCAUACCUCCAAAGCAACGGCCAGCAGUACCUGUUCCUGAUCAACAAGCGCAACUUUGCCGAACAGUUUAUGGCGUACGAACCGUGCCUGCUCGAUACGAAGGACUCGAAGAUGCGCCUACUGGUGUCGGCCGAAAAUGUGUGGGGCUUUUCGAAGAACGACGAAACGACGAUGAUCGUGUUCAACUAUCCGAUGAGCGAGAUCAUCUCCUGUCAACCGCUAACGGUGCAACCGCAGGAGCAGCAAGCUUCCCAUGGAUCGGGCCGUUCGAGUGGUGGAACCCGGAAACCCGUAACCUACAUCGAGUUCUGUCUAUCGCUCCCGUCGAAAUCAUCGCUCACACCCAGCGCACCGGAAAUGGUGAAAAGGCCGCGUGUGCGCUGCCAAAAUGAGGAGAUUGCCAAAAAGAUUUGCUACCAUGUAAAUUUUGCAAAGUGUAUCUACGAUGAACGAGAACAAACCCUGAACAUCAAUACUGUGAUCGAAUAG